GGUUCAGCCGGGCACUGAGGCUCCUUGAGUUGGAUCCAUGAUUGCACCCGCCCUCCCCCGGAAUGUGGGCCUGUGGAGCGAGUGAGGUGGGAGGGCCGGAGGCGGGAGGCGUGCUGGGCCCCGGCCGCCGUGGAGGCAGUGUCGGCCGCGGGCGGUGGGAGGAGCCGUGCGGUUCCGGCUGCCCGGGCGAGGCGACCCUUGGGUCCGCGCCGCGGGCGGGGAGGACAGGUAGGCGAGCGGGCAGCCGCGGCUCCGGGAGAAGCUCGGGCUGCGGAGUCCCCGACGGCGCCCGGCGCGCCCCCCGCGCCCUCGGCCUCCGGCGUUGAGGCGGGGGAGUAAGGAGAUGCCGACCCAGAGAGACAGCAGUACCAUGUCUCACCCGAUAGUUGGCGGCGGCAGCGGGGACCACUCUCACCAGGUCCGGGUGAAAGCCUACUACCGCGGGGAUAUCAUGAUAACACAUUUUGAACCUUCUAUCUCCUUUGAGGGCCUUUGUAAUGAGGUUCGAGACAUGUGUUCUUUUGACAACGAACAGCUUUUCACCAUGAAGUGGAUAGAUGAGGAAGGAGACCCAUGUACAGUGUCAUCUCAGUUGGAGUUAGAAGAAGCCUUUAGGCUUUAUGAGCUAAACAAGGAUUCUGAACUCUUGAUUCAUGUAUUCCCUUGUGUACCAGAACGUCCUGGAAUGCCCUGUCCAGGAGAAGAUAAAUCCAUCUACCGCCGAGGUGCACGCCGCUGGAGAAAGCUUUAUUGUGCAAAUGGCCACACUUUUCAAGCGAAGCGUUUCAACAGGCGAGCUCACUGUGCCAUCUGCACUGAUCGAAUAUGGGGGCUUGGACGUCAGGGAUAUAAGUGCAUCAACUGCAAACUCCUGGUUCAUAAGAAGUGCCACAAACUUGUCACAAUUGAAUGUGGACGGCAUUCUUUGCCACCGGAACCAAUGAUGCCCAUGGACCAGUCAUCUAUGCAUUCAGACCAUGCACAGACAGUAAUUCCAUAUAAUCCUUCAAGUCAUGAGAGUUUGGACCAAGUUGGUGAAGAAAAGGAGGCAAUGAACACCAGGGAAAGUGGCAAAGCUUCAUCCAGUUUAGGCCUUCAGGAUUUUGAUUUGCUCCGGGUAAUAGGAAGAGGAAGUUAUGCCAAAGUACUAUUGGUGCGGUUAAAAAAAACAGAUCGUAUUUAUGCAAUGAAAGUUGUGAAAAAAGAGCUUGUCAAUGAUGACGAGGAUAUCGACUGGGUACAGACAGAGAAACAUGUUUUUGAGCAGGCAUCUAAUCAUCCUUUUCUUGUUGGGCUGCAUUCUUGUUUCCAGACGGAAAGCAGAUUGUUCUUUGUCAUAGAGUAUGUUAAUGGAGGAGACCUAAUGUUUCAUAUGCAGCGACAAAGAAAACUUCCUGAAGAACAUGCCAGAUUUUACUCCGCAGAAAUCAGUCUAGCAUUAAAUUAUCUUCAUGAACGAGGGAUAAUUUAUAGAGAUUUGAAAUUGGACAACGUGUUGCUGGACUCUGAAGGACACAUUAAACUCACUGACUAUGGCAUGUGUAAGGAAGGAUUACGGCCAGGAGAUACAACCAGCACAUUCUGUGGUACUCCUAAUUACAUUGCUCCUGAAAUUUUAAGAGGAGAAGAUUAUGGUUUCAGCGUUGACUGGUGGGCUCUUGGAGUACUAAUGUUUGAGAUGAUGGCAGGAAGGUCUCCAUUUGAUAUUGUUGGCAGCUCUGAUAACCCUGAUCAGAACACAGAGGAUUAUCUUUUUCAAGUUAUUUUGGAAAAACAAAUUCGCAUACCACGUUCUUUGUCUGUAAAAGCUGCAAGUGUCCUGAAGAGCUUCCUCAACAAGGACCCAAAAGAACGAUUGGGUUGUCAUCCGCAAACAGGAUUUGCUGAUAUUCAGGGACACCCGUUCUUUCGAAAUGUUGAUUGGGAUAUGAUGGAGCAAAAGCAGGUGGUGCCUCCCUUUAAACCAAAUAUUUCUGGGGAAUUUGGUUUGGACAACUUCGAUUCUCAGUUUACUAAUGAACCUGUCCAGCUCACUCCUGAUGAUGAUGACAUUGUGAGGAAGAUCGAUCAGUCUGAAUUUGAAGGUUUUGAGUACAUUAAUCCUCUUUUGAUGUCUGCAGAAGAAUGUGUCUGAUCCUCCGUUCUCAACUAUGUAUUUUGCUUGUGUUGCCAUUUAAUGCAUGGAUAAACUUGUUACCAGCCUGGAUACAAUGAACCAUUUUAUAUUUUUCACCCACAAAAGAAGCACUCGGUAUCUUCUAUUAUUAGCUGUAAGAGUCAAUUAUUACAUCUAAGUUUAACUAUGGAAAAACAUGAAACUAGUUUCCAGACAAUUGUGUCAAAAUUUAGUUACACUGGUAAUCCAGCAACCUACUGAUGAAUAAUAAAGUUGUCUUUUUUGUUUAAAGGAAAUACUUACUAAAUAGAGUAUCUGUUGCAUUAAGGCACAGGGUGGGAUUAUGUCAUAAGCCUCCCAUGAUUUUUGUCAUACUCAUGAAGUCAUUUAAGUGUUUAAUUUUGGAAUAAAAGAGUAAUGCAAAAUAUAACUUGUUAUAUUACCUAUUACUUUCUGAGUUCUUUGUGUUUAAAAAUUCAGCUGUGAAUUUUACAUUACCUUAGAAAAUUAAAUUAUUGAUUUUUAAGACAACAGUUAUUAAAUUGGUAAUAAAAGAUGUUGCUUGCUUAGAAUACAGAUUCUCCUUGAGGAAGAAAAUAGGCACAUUUUAUUAAGAAUCAGAUUCCAAAUCAUUAGUUGUUUUUGAAAAACUGAUUCAAGUGAUUUCUUUAGUAUAUUAAAGGGUUAGCGUCUGAGCUUGUCCCUGUAGCAGCAACUUUAACUGGAAUGUUAAUAAAUGUAGUUCAGAGAACCCAGGAUGUAGUUAAAUGGAAAACUUCUCAGUAUAU